AUGUUGGUUCACAUCGUCGCGCAGAAGCUCGACCCGGUCACCCGCAAAGCGUGGAACUUAAAGGAAGGAGACAAGGAUGAUCCGCCUUCCUACGAUGAUCUCCGCCGUUUCUUGGACUCGCGCACUCGCGCUCUAGAGAACUUUUCCCCCUCGCCGUCGGCUAAGGCUGCUCCGAAAGCCGCCACCGCCUCGCGCAUCCAUAGCGCAACCGCCUCCGCGAACUCACAAGCAAAGUGUCCUUUAUGUCCCGCGCCACAUUUCAUUAACAGUUGUCCCACAUUCAGCGGGAAGAAUCCGAGUCAACGUCGCGACAUCGUCAAGCAGCACAAACGUUGUUUCAACUGCCUCAGCGCGAAGCACUCUGUCCAAGCUUGUCCGAGCAAAUACUCUUGUCGCGUGUGCCAACAGAAACAUCAUUCGAUGCUGCACGUCAACACGGAUUCUUCCUCGAAAUUAGCUGAAGCUGACGCGCCCGACAGCUCGUCAACUGUAACGCCGGACCCGAAAUGCGAUGUCAAUGCUUUGUCCGCUUCCCAUACCACGCGUCACAAACCGUCGGUUUUGUUAGCGACAGCGUGGGUGACGGUGAGCGUAGAAUCCGGUCGUUCCGCCGUUGUCCGAGCCCUGCUCGAUCAAGGCUCCGAGAUGACCUUCAUCUCGGAGAACCUUGCGCAAACUCUACGAGCGAGGCGCGUUCGUCAACCGAUCUCCGUCUCCGCCGUUGGCGGCGUCCACGCCGGGACUUUUACGCACAUAACGCGUGUUUCCGUUUCCCCACGCCAAUCUCUCGUUCCGUCGUUAUCAACCACCGCGCUCAUAUUAAAAUCUUUGACCUCUUACACUCCCAAACAAAGCAUGGAUCUUUCUUCCCUAUCUCACUUGUCCGAUCUACAGUGGGCAGACGAGGAUCCCACCAGUCUCUGCCCCAUCAACAUUAUAAUCGGAGCAGAUCUUUACAGCGACAUAAUUCUUGACGGUGUUCGAAAGGGAAAUCCCGGGCUGCCCCUCGCUCAGAACUCCAUCUUAGGCUGGAUCAUUUCGGGACCGAUCGAUGCGUCCUCGCGGGACGACCGCUCUAACCCCUCGUCGGUCAAUCGCGCCCUCCCGAGUAUUUCCGCUCAUCAUUUGUUUAAUUCCCCGACAUUGGAGGCGGAACUCCGCCGGUUCUGGAAGGUCGAAGAGCUUCCGCAAAACCCGACUCCCGCGCCCGAAGACGUUCUCUGCGAAGAGCAUUUUUGCGCCACUCAUUACCGCGACCCCGACGGUCGAUACGUUGUUUGUCUCCCCUUUAAGAAAGGCCCUCCGAUCUCCAUCGGCGAAUCCAGGCCCCGCGCCGAACAAAUGCUAAAGGUCUUGACGCGCCGGUUCCGGGAUAAACCCGCGUUCGAAAAAGAAUAUCGCGAGUUCUUGGAAGAGUACGAACGAUUAGGACACAUGCGACUCGCGGCCACUCCUUCGGAUCAAACCGAGCAACACGUGUACAUUCCGCAUCACGGCGUCAUCCGCGAAGGCAGCUCUACCACCCAUCUCCGGGUGGUGUUCAACGCUUCGUCAGUCACCUCCAACGGAACUUCCUUGAACGACCACUUACAUGUCGGUCCGAAACUGCAACGCGAGAUCACGGCUAUCAUUAUGCGAUGGCGCCAGUACCGCUACGUCUAUUCGGCUGAUAUCGCGAAAAUGUAUCGCCAAAUUCGUAUCGAUUCUCGCGACGUGAAUUAUCAGCGCAUCGUUUGGAUUCGGUCAUGCCUCGAGCCGUUAGUUUCCUUCAUAUUGCUCACAGUAACGUACGGAAUGAUAUGUGCGCCCUAUCUAGCCCUACGCGUUUUGGAGCAACUUUGCCUCGACGAAGGUCAAAACUUUCUUCUCGCGACCCUUAUUUUUCGCGACAACAUUUAUGUCGACGACGUGUUGUUCGGUGCUGACGAUACCUCUCGCAUACGGCAAGCGCGUGAUCAGCUCGUGUCAUUGUUGCGACGCGGCGGCUUCGAAUUAAGGAAAUGGGCUAGCAACAGCCCCUCCCUUCUAUCGGAUCUCGACGCCGCCGAUCACGGCCUCGCCUGUCACAAACAACUCGCGCAAGACAAACAGGUCAAAAUCCUCGGCAUAGGGUGGAAUCCGGCCACCGACAUGUUCGAAUUUCGGGUAUCACUGUCGGAUGUCACCCCGAAUAGCAAACGAGCCAUUUUAUCCGCAAUCGCCAAGCUUUACGAUCCCCUCGGCUGGGUCACUCCAGUAACAAUAACGGCAAAAAUAUUUAUGCAACAUCUCUGGCGCGCGCGAAUCGCAUGGGACGACGCUAUCCCGGAAACCCUCCUCCCAAAAUGGCGGGAGCUGUACUCUCGAUUAUCUCACCUCAGUUCACUCCAAAUUCCUCGCUGGACCGGGCUUCGCGCGGACAACCUUCGCGCUGAUAUUCACGGGUUCGCGGACGCAUCGAACGUCGCGUACGCCGCGGUCGUUUAUCUCAAGGUUGUCUCCGCGUCCGGUGAAAUAACGGUCACUCUGCUCGCUGGAAAGUCAAAAGUCGCGCCUCUCCAGCCACUGAGCGUUCCCCGGCUCGAGCUUUCCGCCGCAUUGCUCCUCGCGCGGCUCAUACACUUCAUUCGCGAGUCCCUCGAUUUCGCUCGCCUACCGUAUCAUUGUUGGACAGACGCGAAGAUCGUACUCGCCUGGUUUAAACAGCAUCCUUCGCGCUGGAAAACGUUCAUAGCGAACCGAGUCGCGGAAAUUCAAUCCCUGCUGCCGCGCGCGGAAUGGCGCCACGUGCCCACGGAGGACAAUUCGGCCGAUUGCGGCUCGCGCGGAAUAUUCGGUGAUGAGAUACUGGGUCACGACCUAUGGUGGCGCGGGCCUCCAUGGCUGACCUCCGACGCUGACGGAUGGCCGUGCGGUGAAGCGACUUUGCCUCCGGACGCUCCCCUCGAGGAAAAGGUUACGGCCCUGCAAAGCGUCGAUCCGCUACCGGACUUUGAUCUCGCCUCUCGCUAUUCCUCGUGGCCGAAGCUGAUUCGCGUUACCGCUUACAUCCUGAAAUUCAUUCACCUGUGUCGAGCGCCUUGCUCUCGCGCCACGCCGCUCGCCCCUCCGCCGCCUAAUAAUCCCGCGCCGCGAAGCACCGCUCUGUCUACCUCCGAUUGCAACGCCGCAAAAACCUUUUGA